AUGCGUCGUCCAGGGCCUACGUCUCCCAACCGUGGACAAGGAUCACGAGUAAACCCUUCGCCCAGCGGGGGUGGAAAGCGACUUCGUGCUCAGCCCGGCGACCCUAUACCGGUGAAGAAGCCGCGCCGAUACAAGCCUGGGACCCAAGCACUCAGAGAAAUCCGAAGAUACCAACAGUCGACCGACCUUUUGAUAUUGAAACUCCCAUUUGCCCGCCUCGUCAGAGAAGUCUCCGUGUACAUUGGCGCGCGACCAGACCUCCGGUGGCAAAGUCAGGCCAUCCAAGCCCUACAAGAGGCGAGCGAAGCAUUUUUAGUACAUCUGUUCGAAGAUACAAAUCUCUGUGCGAUACAUGCGAAGCGAGUCACAAUCAUGCAAAAGGAUAUUCAAUUGGCAAGAAGGAUAAGGGGCGCCUGGGGCGGCUUAGGAUGA